AUGGCGGCGGCGGCGGAGGAGGCCCGGCUGCUGGCCUGGCUGCGCGGCCCGGCGGCGGCGGGGCCCGGCGGCCCCGAGCUCUCCGCCUACGUGGCCGAGCUGGCGGCGCUGGGGCUGGCGGAGCUGGGCCGGGAGCCGGCGCGGCUGGCGGCGGAGCGGGCGCGGGUGGGGGCGGAGACGCGCCGCCUGGCCUUCGAGCACUACCGGGCCUUCAUCCGCUCCGCCGAGUGCACCGGCCGCGCCGGCCGCGGCUUCGGCGGCAUCGAGAGCCGCCUCGGUAGCCUGCUAGGCCGCCUGCCCGCCCUCCAGGACGCCUGCCGGAACUUCAUGCGCGAUGCCGAGGAGAUCGCCUGCAGCCGGCGCAUGAACAGCCUGACGCUGAACCGGCAUACGGAGAUCCUGGAGAUCCUGGAGAUCCCGCAGCUCAUGGACACCUGUGUCCGCAACGGCUACUACGAGGAGGCGCUGGAGCUCGCUGCCUACGUGCGCCGGCUGGAGAAGAAGCACAGCAGCAUCCCCGUGAUCCAGGGCAUCGUGGACGAGGUGCGCCAGUCCACCCAGCUGAUGCUGAACCAGCUCAUCCAGCAGCUCCGCACCAACAUCCAGCUGCCAGCCUGCCUGCGGGUCAUCGGCUACCUGCGGCGCAUGGACGUCUUCACGGAGGCCGAGCUGCGCAUCAAGUUCCUGCAGGCGCGGGAUGCCUGGCUGCGCUCCAUCCAGGCCUCCAUCCCCGAGGACGACCCCUACUUCCACAUCACCAAGACCAUCGAGGCCUGCCGCGUCCACCUCUUCGACAUCGUCACCCAGUAUCGCGCCAUCUUUUCCGACGAGGAGCCGCUCCUGCCCCCCGAGGGGCAGACCCUCAAUGAGGGGGCCAUCUUCCACAGCUGGGUGCUGCAGAAGGUCUCUGAGUUCCUGCGGACGCUGGAGCACGAUCUCCGGCGCGGGGUGGGCGGCCGCCUGGACUCGCUGCUGGGACAGUGCAUGUACUUUGGCCUCUCCUUCAGCAGGGUGGGGGCCGAUUUUCGCGGGCAGCUGGCCCCCCUCUUCCAGCGCGUGGCCGCUGCCACUUUCAGGAAGGCAGUGGAGGAGGCGGUGGAGAAGUUUCGGGAGGAGAUGAAUUCCUACACACUCAUCUCCGCCCCGGCCGUCCUGGGGAGCAGCGCAGGGGUGCCGGUGCCCGCAGCCCAGCCGGGGACGCUGCAGCCACCCAUGGUGCUGCUGGACUUCCCGCCUCUCGCCUGCUUCCUCAACGGCCUCCUCGUCGCCUUCAAUGACCUGCGGCUCUGCUGUCCUGUCGCCCUGGCCCAGGAUGUCACCGCCUGCCUGGAGGACGCGCUCGGCGAGGUGACCAAAACCAUCCUGGCCUUCCACCGUGCGGAGGAGGCGGCUUUCAGCGGGCGGGAGCAGGAGCUCUUUGCCCAGUUCUGCAUGGCCUUCCUGGAGGACCUGCUGCCUUACCUCAACCGCUGCCUCCAGGUCCUCUUUCCCCCGGCACAGAUCGCGCAGGCGCUGGGUGUCCCCCCCACCCAGCUGCAGCGUUUCGGCCGCCUGGGCCGCAUCGAGGUGGUCGCCCUCAGGGAGCCGCUGGCUUUCCUCCUGCCGGCGCCGGGCGAGGAGGAACCGGCCCAGGAGAUCACCCCACCCCUUCCCGCUCCGCCUGCUCGUCAACCCCGCGUGGACGAGCGCGGGGAGCCGGUGAGCUGGGAGGCGACGGGCUGGGCCGCCCGCGUCAUCCAGCACGAGAUGGACCACCUGGACGGGAUCCUCUACAUCGACCGGAUGGACGCCCGCACCUUCACCAACGUCGCCUGGAGGGAGCUCCUGGACUGACG